AUGCUGUCUGUCUGUGCUCCCCGGUCGUUGUCAAAGACGCGUUCGGCGCAGUCUUCGUUCAAGGCUUUCUAUGCUACUGUGCGCGGGUUGCGCUCUGCGCCUGAACCUGAGGACCAUGAAGGCCUGCCAGAGAAUGACUUCAUCCUGUCUAUCCUCCGGGCCAACCCGUCUGCGCGCGACGCCAAGGGCUACCUCACACACUUUGGCAUCCACCCCAAGCCAGCUAGCCAGCCCACGACUCGCACGCCAGAACCCGUGCACCUAGCCGCGCUCCCCGACACGGAACGCGCCCAAGCCCUCGCAGCAGAAGCCGCGACCCGUGCACCUGUGCUCGAAUCCAUCCUGCACCCGGUCUACCGUCGCACAGCCCUAGUGAAGAUCCAAGGCCCGUUCACGGACCGACAACUGGACAGCAUCGCGCGGGGCAUGGUCUACCUCGACAAAGCCGGUCUCACAUCAGUGAUAGUCGUCGAGCACGACGAUCUCCCCAAAGGAGAGUCCAACGAGCGCGAGGUGAUCCUGCACGAAACUUUACGCGUCGUGAAAGCGUUGGAAGCGCAAGGCGCCCGCGCACGGCCGUUUCUCGGUCCUGUCGUCCGAUUAGGUCCGAAACCCGAUCAGGACGCCUCUUCGCAUGCCUCCAACGCAAAGAAGGCCAACUUUGUCGAACCCGAAGCGCAUACAUUGCCCUACGACCUAUCCCCCAUCCGCUCCGCCCUUCGCGCACAGGAAACGCCGGUUCUGGCACCGUUCGCGCUAGACUCUUUCCUGCGAUCUACGCGCGUUGAUUCGAACGACGUUCUCGGAGCGCUCGCGCGCGGGAUGGUGGAAGUCGCUGCUUCCGACCGGGUUUCACGCGGAACGGGCACGGGUUCAGGAGACGCUUCGCCAUACGAGGAUGUGGAUUUGACGCCCCUGCGACUGAUGAUCAUCAACCGCGAAGGCGGUGUGCCGUCCUACGCUCGGGCGGGUCUACCCCAUCUGCUCGUCAACCUCGAGUCGGAGUACGAGUUUAUCCGGGAUACGUUCUUGCCGCAGUGGAAGAGCACCCACCGAUCUGCGUUGUCGAACUUGGCGCUCGCGAGGACGUGUUUGGCGUAUAUGCCGCCCACGUCGUCUGCGAUCAUGGUCAACCAUCGCGCGCCGAGUUCGCUGAUUGGUAACCUCAUCACCAACAAGCCGGUCGUGAGCUCGAGCUUGCCGCAUGCCUUGUUGCAGGGCAACCGUAGUCUGACGGAGACGACGCCUACGCUUCUACGACUGGGAAACUCAAUCGAGGUCAUCAACGACAUUCGCGACGUCGACCGCACCAAAAUGACGCACCUGCUCGAACAGUCGUUCAAGCGUACACUCGACACCGACGCGUUCUACUCCCGUUUGGAACACUCGCUCGACUUUGUCAUCGUAGCAGGCGACUACGCCGGCGCAGCGAUCGUAACGCGCGAAGGCGCCGACAAGUCGAUAUGUUACCUCGACAAGUUCGCCGUUCUGCCCACGCACCAAGGCGACGGCACGGUCGACUUCUUGUGGGUCGCGUUGCACGACGAGACGUACGGUCUCGGAGCGCCUCACUCUGCCAACCCCAACGGCGGGAAGCAGGGUGUAGGCGAGGGCCCGGACCUCGUUUGGCGUUCGCGGGCGAAUAACCCUGUCAACAAGUGGUACUUCGAGCGCAGUUCAGGCCACGUUCGAAUGGGUGAUUGGGUGUUGUUCUGGUGUGACGCGGAGAAGAGGUUGCAUACGGAGCGUGGACGCAAGGCCAGCGCUGGGUUGUCGUACGUCGAGGAUUCGGAGAGGGGCAGGUUAGGAGUGUGGCAGGACGCUGUGCCGAAGAUUCCUUCGAGCUGGAGCAAAUAG